UCAACCUUUCGCCUUUGGCUAGUGGAGGUUAGCAUCAAUGCGGCGUCGUUGUAAUUCUACAUCCUCUCCAACUCUGUAAAACCCUAAUCGAGCAAUCACGAGCCAAAACCCUCGACGAAGAAGGAGAAGCAGACAUGGGGAAAGUCCCACCUUCAUUACGUUCAGCUAUUUCAACAUCACUAGUAAAAAAGCCUGCUCCAAUCCCCUCAGAAUUCUCAUCUCCUUCCGAUAAAACCCAUUACUUUCCCAAGAAAAAACCUUCUCAACUUUCCAAGAAAAUCCAAGUUCCAGCCUCUCCGACAACCCAGCAACGAAAGCCUCUUUUCAAGUCUCCAGAACUCAAUGAAGCCAAGAAACUUUUUAGUUCCUUUAUUUCCACCACUCAAACUCCUCUCAACAACCGCAUCCACAAUUCUUUCCUCCAAUCCUAUGCUUCAAUCUCCACCGUUGAUAACUCCAUUGCUCUCCUCCACCACAUGACCAAAACUCUUCCUUCUUUUACACCUGAUCGAUCCACUUACCAUAUUUUAGUGUCCCAGUCCUGCAAAACACCUGAUGCUUCUCUCUCCUCUGUUCACCAGACUCUCAAUCUAAUGGUCAAUAAUGGGUUUAACCCCAAUCGAGUAACCGUUGAUAUUGCUGUGCGAUCUUUAUGUUCCGUUGGCAAAGAGGAUGAUGCUAUUGAAUUGGUAAAGGAAUUAUCUUUAAAGCAUUCAAAGCCCGAUACUUUCACUUAUAAUUUUCUUGUCAAGUGUUUGUGUAAGUGCAAGGCACUGACUACUGUUUAUAGAUUUAUUGACGAACUGAGAAGUGCUUUUGAUAUCAAACCUGAUCUUGUUACUUAUACUAUAUUGAUUGAUAAUGUUUGCAAUUCUAAGAAUCUUCGUGAAGCUACAAGAUUGGUUAGUGUAUUAAAAGAAUGUGGAUUUAAGCCUGAUUGCUUUGUUUAUAAUACAAUUAUGAAGGGUUAUUGUAUGUUAAGUAAAGGGAGUGAGGCUAUUGAGGUUUAUAAGAAAAUGAAAGAGGAAGGAGUGGAGCCUGAUCUUGUUACUUAUAAUACAAUGAUUUUUGGGUUAUCGAAAUCUGGGAGAGUGAGUGAAGCUAAGAAGUAUUUGAAAAUUAUGGUGGAAUCGGGUCAUUUUCCUGAUGCAGUUACUUACACGUCAUUGAUGAAUGGAUUGUGUAGAAAAGGGGAUGCGUUGGGUGCAUUGGCAUUGCUAGAGGAGAUGGAAAUGAAAGGGUGUAGUCCAAAUUCGUGCACAUAUAAUACUUUGCUUCAUGGGUUGUGCAAGGGAAGAUUGUUGGAGAAAGGCGUUGAAUUGUAUCAGCUGAUGAAAGAAGGUGAUAUGAAGCUCGAAACAGCUUCUUAUGCAACGUUUGUUAGGGCACUUUGUAGGGAGGGUAAGGUUGCAGAGGCUUAUGAGGUUUUUGAUUAUGCAGUAGAGAGUAAGAGUCUAACUGAUGUUGCUGCUUACACAACAUUGGAAAGUACACUUAAGUGGCUGAAGAAAGCCAGAGAGCAAGGGCUUGCUGUUUAACUGUUCUACUGGGGCUAAAGAUGAUGGAAGUUAUUAUAUAAGUGAUGUAUAUAGUACUCCUUGAAGCUUCCUUGGCAUUUAAAGUUGUGCUUGAUGUGGAGAGAGAUUUUGGCUGCCAUUCAUGGAAGAUCUGUAGAAGCUGCAAAAGUGAAUUUGGAAAUUUGUCUUUGAAAAGACCUGUACUGCAGAGUUGGAGUUACCUGCAUUACUGAGCAUCACAUUGACAUCAUUGGUUUCUCCUAUUUAUUGUUGAUUAGUCUAUAUGAAAUGACAGGUUGCAUCAUCCAGUUUUGUUAGAAUUACAUUCACAUUUUAUUCGGAAUGCAAUUCUUGUUCUCAUAUUAUUGGGAAAAUAAAGAAAUAAAAAUGUGAUAAAGCAAUAGUAAACAAUGGCAUGGAGAAUUGAUGCCAAGAAGAUGUUUGAACAUGUAUUUAAGUACAUUCAAAAAACAGUUGUAAUGUUUCAACUAGUAUUCCUUUUUCAUUA